UCCGCUCCCGCGAUGGGAAAAGUUGGCGCCGGCGGCGGCUCCCCAGCCCGGCUGAGCGCGCUCCUCACGGGCGCGGGGCUCUUGGCCCUCUGCGUCCCGGGCGCCUGCGGCGGCGGCUCCUGCUACCCCCAGCUAUCCCCCGGCUCGGCCCCGCGCUGGGCUCCGACCCCAGGGGGCUUCCUUCGCCAGGGGCCGCGAGGCAGAGCUGCUGCCACGCCCCUGCCCCUCCUUGGGCGCCCCUUGUUCGCAGUGGCCCCCGGAGACCGAGCGCUGUCCCUGGAGCGGGCCCCUGGCACCGGGGGGUCGGUGGCGGUUGCCCCACGCUCUGGCCGGCGGAGACGGAGUGAAGCGGAUCCCGGGAAGGCAGAAAGGGGAGAGGGCGCGAGUCGAAGCCCCCGGGGAGUGCUAAGGGAUGGAGGGCAGCAGGAGCCUGGGACUCUGGAGCGGGACCCGGACAAAGCCACUCGCUUCCGGAUGGAGGAGCUGAGACUGACCAGCACCACGUUCGCGCUGACAGGCGACUCCGCACACAACCAAGCCAUGGUCCACUGGUCUGGCCACAACAGCAGCGUGAUUCUCAUUUUGACAAAGCUCUAUGACUAUAACCUGGGGAGCAUCACUGAGAGCUCGCUUUGGAGGUCAACUGAUUAUGGAACCACUUAUGAGAAGCUGAAUGAUAAAGUUGGUUUGAAAACAAUUCUAAGCUAUCUCUACGUGUGUCCCACCAACAAGCGUAAGAUUAUGUUACUCACAGACCCGGAGAUUGAGAGCAGCUUAUUGAUCAGCUCGGAUGAAGGGGCCACCUAUCAAAAGUACCGGCUGAACUUUUACAUCCAAAGCUUGCUUUUCCACCCCAAGCAAGAGGACUGGAUUCUGGCAUAUAGCCAAGACCAAAAGUUAUACAGCUCUGCUGAAUUUGGGAGAAGGUGGCAGCUUAUCCAGGAAGGGGUCGUACCAAACAGGUUCUACUGGUCUGUGAUGGGGUCAAAUAAGGAACCAGAUCUUGUGCAUCUCGAGGCCAGAACUGUAGAUGGUCAUUCACAAUACCUAACUUGCCGAAUGCAGAACUGCACAGAGGCCAACAGAAAUAAACCUUUCCCAGGCUACAUUGACCCAGACUCUUUGAUUGUCCAGGAUGAUUACGUGUUUGUUCAGCUGACAUCAGGAGGACGGCCACAUUACUACGUAUCCUACAGGAGGAAUGCCUUUGCCCAAAUGAAGCUGCCCAAAUAUGCUUUGCCCAAGGACAUGCACGUCAUCAGCACAGAUGAGAAUCAAGUGUUUGCAGCGGUUCAAGAAUGGAACCAAAAUGACACCUACAACCUCUAUAUCUCAGACACCCGUGGGGUCUAUUUCACACUGGCCUUGGAGAAUGUCCAGAGCAACAAAGGUCCUGAGGGCAACAUCAUGAUCGACCUCUAUGAGGUAGCAGGGAUAAAGGGAAUGUUCUUGGCUAACAAGAAGAUUGACCACCAAGUGAAGACUUUCAUCACGUAUAACAAAGGCCGAGACUGGCAUUUGCUGCAGGCACCGGACACGGAUCUAAGGGGGGACCCUGUACACUGCUUACUGCCCUAUUGCUCACUACACCUUCACCUUAAGGUCUCCGAGAAUCCCUACACAUCAGGGAUCAUUGCCAGCCGAGACACAGCUCCCAGCAUCAUAGUGGCUUCAGGUAAUAUCGGUUCUGAAUUAUCAGACAGUGACAUCAGCAUGUUUGUCUCUUCAGAUGCAGGGAACACCUGGAAGCAGAUCUUUGAAGAAGAGCACAGUAUUUUGUAUCUGGAUCAGGGUGGAGUCCUGGUUGCUAUGAAGCACACGUCUCUCCCGAUUCGACAUCUCUGGUUGAGUUUUGAUGAAGGGAGAUCUUGGAGCAAAUACAGUUUCACAUCUAUUCCACUUUUUGUGGAUGGGGUUCUGGGUGAGCCUGGGGAGGAGACCCUAAUCAUGACCGUGUUUGGACACUUCAGCCACCGCUCGGAAUGGCAGCUGGUCAAAGUGGACUACAAGUCUGUUUUCGACCGACGGUGUGCCGAGGAGGACUACAGACCAUGGCAGCUGCACAGCCAGGGGGAAGCAUGCAUCAUGGGAGCAAAGAGGAUAUAUAAGAAGCGAAAAUCAGAGCGUAAGUGUAUGCAAGGAAAAUAUGCAGGAGCUAUGGAAUCUGAACCCUGUGUCUGCACAGAGGCUGAUUUUGACUGUGACUAUGGGUAUGAGCGACACAGCAAUGGUCAGUGUCUGCCAGCAUUUUGGUUCAAUCCGUCUUCUCUGUCAAAGGACUGCAGCUUGGGACAGAGUUAUCUCAACAGUACUGGGUAUAGGAAAGUGGUUUCCAACAACUGCACGGACGGAGUGAGAGAACAGUACACCGCCAAACCGCAGAAGUGUCCCGGGAAGGCCCCGCGGGGGCUGCGCAUCGUCACUGCGGAUGGAAAGUUGACAGCAGAGCAAGGGCACAAUGUUACCCUCCUGGUGCAGCUGGAAGAGGGUGACGUCCAGAGGACACUCAUCCAAGUGGACUUCGGUGAUGGCAUUGCAGUGUCUUACGUCAACCUCAGCUCCAUGGAAGAUGGGAUCAAACACGUCUAUCACAAUGUGGGCAUUUUCCGAGUGACCGUGCAGGUGGACAACAGUCUGGGCUCUGACAGCGCCGUCCUGUACUUACAUGUAACUUGUCCCCUGGAGCAUGUACACCUGUCUCUUCCCUUUGUCACAACAAAGAACAAAGAGGUCAACGCAACAGCAGUGCUGUGGCCCAGCCAAGUGGGCACCCUCACUUACGUGUGGUGGUACGGAAACAACACAGAGCCUCUGAUCACCUUGGAGGGAAGCAUAUCAUUCAAGUUUACUUCGGAAGGGAUGAACACCAUCACAGUGCAGGUCUCAGCUGGGAAUGCCAUCCUGCAAGACACGAAGACCAUCGCGGUGUAUGAGGAAUUCCGAUCCCUUCGCCUGUCCUUCUCUCCGAACCUGGACGACUACAACCCUGAUAUCCCCGAGUGGAGGAGGGACAUCAGCCGCGUCAUCAAAAAAUCCCUGGUGGAAGCCACAGGGGUCCCAGGCCAGCACAUCCUGGUGGCGGUGCUUCCUGGCUUACCCACCGCCGCUGAGCUCUUUGUCUUGCCCUAUCAGGAUCCGACUGGAGAAAACAAACGGUCAGCUGAGGACCUAGAGCAGAUAUCAGAGCUGCUGAUCCACAAGCUCAACCAAAACUCGGUGCACUUUGAGCUGAAGCCCGGGGUCCAAAUCCUUGUCCACGCAGCCCACUUAACAGCAGCCCCACUGGUGGACCUCACUCCAACCCACAGUGGAUCCGCCAUGCUGAUGCUGCUCUCAGUGGUGUUUGUAGGGCUGGCCGUGUUCGUCAUCUACAAGUUUAAAAGGAGAGUAGCUUUACCCUCCCCUCCCUCCCCUUCUACUCAACCUGGUGACUCAUCUCUCCGAUUGCAAAGAGCAAGACACGCCACUCCACCUUCAACGCCAAAGCGGGGAUCUGCUGGGGCACAAUUUGCAAUUUAAGGAAAACCCCCAAAGGCUACAGGCGACCUGCUGAUCAGGAAAGAAUUUCGCUCUUGUCAAGUGCACCAUCCUUCAUGACCACUAACUUGAUGUUUUUGUUUUUUUUUUUUCUUUCCUUUGUUGUUCUGUUUCCUAUUUUGCCAGGAAGUAUUUCCAUAGUUGCUGAGAAUCAAAGCACAAAAGAAAUCCCUACCUAUGUAAAUGUUUGAAUGGAGGACGCCAGUAAAAACAAAAACAAACAAACAAAUAAAAUAAAAAACUAUCAAAAUCCAAACAAACAAACAAACAAACACUCACUGCAUCGGGACUUUUUAAUUCUUCAGACACAGACAACAAGGGUUUUUAGCUUUAAGCCUGUGCAUGUGGACAGUACCUUGAGAACAUGCGUGGAGGGGCAGUGUACAGGUGCUCUAUUUUAAUGGAAAAACACUCCCCUCCCCCUUUCCUCUUCUCUCUCUUUUUUCUGAUCGGUCGUGUUUGUAGAAAAUUCAUAACAUAUAGAGGCCAAGGAAAUCUGCAUGUGUUUUUGGAAAUAUUCUUGGCUCUCGACUUAACAGCUAUUUUAGCACUAGAGGCUGAUGGGGGGGAUUAGCCACCCCAGCGCCUUUCAUAAGACACAAAGACAUGCACAGGAGUGUGAAACCCUGAGCUGUUUCUCUGUCCCUGUUUCUUUUCUAAGUUAUCUCUGGUAGCUUCGGUGGCCAGCCGUGGCCACGAGACUGCUUGCGUUCUUGCAUUCUGUGCAGCCACAGGGACGAAGGAGCGAGGUGAAGUUCCACAUACGCAGGCAGACUAGGGAAGGCAGGCAGUGGGGCAAGCAUGUCCGAAGUGGAUCUCUGUUUCCUGUUCAGUUCUUCCCGUCGCCAAGGCUUUCCCUCGUAGCUUUUCUACUCCUGCCCCCCAACUUACGUAGAAGAGAGAAUCCCAGCUCCCCAUUGUCUGGCCUCCCCGUUUGUUUGCUAUCCAUGUGUGGUCAUGAUCUGUUGAUGUCUUUGUACCUCUUCCUUCCAGUCUCCAAGUUGUCUUUCAACUCCUACUUUUUCCUUCCAAACAUGUCACUGGAUUCUAGACAUUAACUUCAGUGUUCCCUAAAUACUGGCCUGGUCUCUGCUGGCCUUGCCCCCCACCACCCACACAUUUCUGAUCUGUUAGCAUGCCAACUUCCCUACACACUGACCAGCUGCAUCCUGCCCUGCAGGGUUCGGCUCCGUGUAUCCUUUGUCCCCUCCUAUAGAACCUGCCUCUUCCGAAUAGCUUUGCCUUUUCCCACCUGGAAACAUGCAGAGUGUGUGAAAGAGUUGAUGUAUGCAAAGCAAUUCAAACCUGGCCAUGUACACUGGAAAAGAAAGCAUACAGAUGAAUAGUGGUAUUCUCACACCUUAACAAAAAUCUCGUGUGCAGAUUCCAGAAUAUUCUUGUGAGAAAUGUUUUGAACGUGUUACUAUGUGGCAGGGCAAUUUCCUUCUGUAAUGGUUGCUAUUACCCAGUAUUUGUUCUCACACAAUACAGUAAAAAUACUUGUAAAAUAAAACUGAUUUUAACCAGAA